CCAAAUACUAAUCCUAAACCUGAAAGCAUCUUCAUAUUUCGUUUUUCCUUCUCUCUCUACGCUCCACCAUCACGAUCUCUCUCUCUUGCGAUCUCAGCCAAGAAGUCGCCGCCGACGCCGUUUUCCGCCGUUUUCCGCCGAGUCCAGGAUGACAGAAAUCAGCGAACAACCUUUCAGACCACGCGAGAAGCUCAUCGAGAAGCAAAAGUACUUUCAAAACGUCCACAAGUACACACACCUCAAGGGACCAAUGGAUAAGAUCACCUCUGUUGCAAUCCCUCUUGCUUUGGCAGGCACAUCGCUGUAUCUUAUCGGUCGGGGUAUCUACAACUUGUCACAUGGGAUUGGAAAGAAAGAAUGAGACUGAGAAAAUUUGGUUAGCUACAUAAGGUCUUGAAGCAUUGUUCAUCCAGCUGCUGAGAAUGUGAGACUGGAGUUGUUUUUUUUUUUGGUCAUUUGUUCCUUCCUGUGCUUUAUUUUUAAUAAUUUGCUUAAGAGCAGAAUCCUUUGGUCUCAAUGGAAAUUGAAUCUGGAUAUGAUAGUUUGUGUUUA